UUCACUUCUAUGACAAAAUGGCUGCGUCCACACGAAAGACGGUUGAACUAUUUUACGAUGUUGUAUCGCCAUAUUCCUGGAUAGCUUUUGAGGUGAUGUGUCGAUACAAAACAAAGUGGAAUAUUGACCUGAAGCUAAAACCUUUCUUUCUUGGUGGAAUAAUGGUAGGAUCAGAUAACAAACCUCCCGGUUUAGUCCCAAACAAAGCCAAAUACAUGCUGUCACACGAUCUCUCACGCCUUGGCAGCUACUAUAGUAUUCCUAUAGUCCCACCAGCUAAUCCUGCGGAGGUAAUGUUUGUUAAGGGGACAUUGAUGCCCCAGCGUUUCCUUACUGCAGUCGACAUGCAGAGACCAGAUCUAGUGGAAAACCUAUCCAGACAGUUCUGGAUGAGAGCAUGGAAUAAGGACAAAGGAAUUUCUGACGAGGAAGGCAUAAGAGAGACAUGUAAAGAGAUUGGAUUCCCUAGUGAUCUUAUGGAAGACUGUCUCCAGAAGACCAAGGAUCCGGCGGUGAAGGAUAGACUGAAAAAAUUCACAACUGAGGCUUUGGAUUUAGGGGCUUUUGGAUCUCCUAUCAUUGUUGCCCACGUCAACAACAAACCGGAAAUGAUCUUUGGAUCAGACAGAUUUCCAAUUUUAGCCAAAAUAUUAAAUGAGGAAUGGAUGGGACCUCUUACAGAAAUGGCAAAAGCAAAAUUAUAGUGCGGAUUUUGUAACGUAUGUAGUGUUGCCGUGCGUUGAAAACAAUUGUUUAUUUGAUAUGAAUGUACAGUCAGGGAAAGUGAUUUUGUACUUUACAGUACUGAAUUACUAUUUUGUUAGUGAUAUAAGAUUUAAUUGAAAGGUGAUAUUUUGAUUUUUAGAACCAAUAGUAAUAUCCGGAUACUAUAACAGUCUAUAAAUAAAAUGCAUGUACAAAUUAAAGGAAGAUAAAACGCCAGAGUUCCAUCACUUCCGGAAGCUACAAACUGCAGAUACAUAUAGUUUCGAAUUUUACAGAUGUGCCAGUAGAAUUUUAAUAUGAUUGAAAUUAAUUAGCUGCAGAAUUGAUAAUUUUGUUAGGAUUACAGGUCAAUUCAAUUUACAUUUGUAAAUUCCCGGAGACGGGUUAUGGCCCAAAGGCACUUUACAGACUCGGGGAAAUAACCUAAUCAAAUGUCGUGACUUCCCGUAACUGAUUCUGUUAAUUUGACGCAGAUAUACGUUACAAAUGUGAUUUGUAUCAUGGUAUAAAGUGUUUGAUUAAAUACCCGACAGCACAAUUAAUAGACCAGGGUGUAUUUGAAAAGCUAUGCUUCAAUUAGAAAGCACCAAUAUAUCAAUAUAUUUUAUACCAAGAUAUUUUAUUCCCUUGGACAUAAGGUUUUCAAGAUAAAACUAUAUGUAUCGGUUUUCAAGAUAAAACUAUUUGUAUCGAAAAAAAAUGAAAUCCUGGAGGAUCCAUGUUCAAUCGGAUUUGAAAGCUUUCUCAUUGACGUUUAAAAUAUGAAUAACAUGGCCCACCUGAAUAACAAGUUCCACCUUCAAUAUAUAGGUUACUUAAAGGGACUGUAGCUUGUGAAUGUUUGACAAUUGCCAAGACCUUAUGUAUCCACGAAUACAUUAAUUCCCUAGGAGAUAAAGGUAACUGUAUUAUUUAUUUAUUUUACAACAUUUGCGGAACAAACUAUAUCAAAUUAUAUAAGGUUUGAUUAUGUAUUUCAGCACAGGUAUAAGCACUGAAGUGAGUAUGAUUACAUGCAAGGCAUUUAUUAUGAAUUUUGAUUUUUCGUACGUUGUAUGAAUUAUUGUAACCUUUAUAUUAUAUGGUUGUUAAUUAUAAUAAUCAGUGAUAAACAAUGUUGUGCUAAAUAAUGAAACAAUAAAAUUGUAUUUUGAAUA